AGAAAAGUUAGCCAGCAGCGCUCCAAGAGAAGAGCAAACACAAAGAGAGCGACGCUCGCGUUGAAUGAUCAGCGUAUACAACUUUUUACACCAUUGAGCCUACUUCAUGAGGCUUUUUAUUGAAUUCUCUGACUAAGGUCUUAAAACUUGGAGAGAUGAUUUUGUGUGGGAGUUGGUCUGUCCUUCUCUUGCUGUCUGUGGUGGUAUCAGCUCAGUAUCAAGGAGACAACGGAAUUGUCAUCCCGGAGCAUGGAUUCUGCCAACCGAUCUCCAUACCCCUGUGCAACGACAUCGCCUACAACCAAACCAUCAUGCCCAACUUGGUGGGCCACUACAACCAAGACGACGCAGGGCUGGAGGUGCACCAGUUUUACCCGUUGGUGAAGGUACAGUGCUCCCCGGACUUGAAAUUCUUCCUGUGCUCCAUGUACGCGCCGGUUUGCACUGUCCUGGAGAAGGCCAUCCCGCCUUGCAGGUCCAUCUGCGAGAGGGCCAAACAGGGCUGCGAGGCCCUCAUGAACAAGUUUGGCUUCCAAUGGCCGGACCGACUCCGCUGCGAGAACUUUCCCGUGCUGGGCGACGGUCAGAUCUGCGUGGGGCAGAACGACUCGUCAACCGCCACCGUCCCGCCGUUGCCCGUCCCCGGCACCCAGGGGGUUUCAGUGGUCCCCGGCCAUGACAGGGUUUUCCGUUGCCCUGCCGCGCUGGUGGUGCCCCCCUACCUAAACUACAUGUUCCUGGAGGAGAAGGACUGCGCGGCUCCGUGCGAGCCGGCCCGGGGCGGCGGGUACAUGUUUUUCACCGACAAGGAGAUCCACUUCUCACGCAUCUGGAUUCUGAUCUGGUCGGUCCUGUGCUGCGCGUCCACCUUAUUCACGGUCACCACGUAUUUAGUGGACAUGCAGCGCUUCCGGUACCCCGAGAGGCCCAUUAUCUUCCUGUCGGGCUGCUACACCAUGGUCUCCAUCGCUUACAUCGCGGGCUUCUUCCUGGGCGACAAAGUGGUGUGCAACGAGAGCUUCAACCCGGAUGGCUACAAGACGAUCGUCCAGGGCACCAAGAAGGAAGGCUGCACCAUUCUCUUCAUGAUGCUCUACUUCUUUAGCAUGGCCAGCUCCAUCUGGUGGGUCAUCCUGUCCCUCACCUGGUUCCUGGCGGCGGGGAUGAAGUGGGGCCACGAGGCCAUCGAGGCCCACUCCCAGUACUUCCACCUGGCGGCUUGGGCGGUGCCGGCCGUCAAAACCAUCAGCAUCCUGGCCAUCGGGCAGAUCGAGGGCGACGUGCUGAGCGGCGUGUGCUUCGUCAGUCUCAGCAACCUGGACCCCCUGCGAGGUUUCGUCCUGGCGCCGCUCUUCAUCUACCUCUUCAUCGGGACCUCCUUCCUACUGGCCGGCUUCGUGUCGCUCUUCCGCAUCCGCACCAUCAUGAAGCACGACGGCACCAAGACGGAGAAGCUGGAGCGCCUCAUGGUGCGCAUCGGCGUCUUCAGCGUGCUCUACACCGUGCCCGCCACCAUCGUGAUCGCCUGCUUCUUCUACGAGCAGGCCUUCCGCCCGCACUGGGAGCGCAGCUGGGUCAGCCACAGCUGCAGGAGCCUGGCCAUCCCGUGCCCGGCGCAGACGGGGCCCCGCAUGACCCCGGACUUCACCGUCUACAUGAUCAAGUACCUGAUGACGCUCAUUGUGGGCAUCACGUCCGGUUUCUGGAUCUGGUCCGGGAAAACGCUGCACUCCUGGCACAAGUUUUACACCCGGCUGACAAACGGCAAACACGGAGAGACCACCGUGUAGGAUGAAGGGCUCGCCGCAAGCUCUUGGACGGACCGAUUUGUGCUUUCCGUGGCGGCUGCGAGGAGGGGGGGGGCGCGUUCUCGGGCACGCUGAAAAAGCAGCAGCGAGCUGGAUUAACGAGGCCUGAACGGGACAGCCUGAAUGAACAAACACACAACAAACAUGGCCGACAUGGCCAUGUGCUGAAAUGCUCACCUCCUCAUCUUUCCCCCUCCUGCUUGCAGCCAGGACAGGAGCGCGAGUAUUUCACAUGUAAUUAAAUCCAAGUGUAAAUAGGAAUUGUAAAAACAUGAAAUUAUAUAUUUGUAUUUAAAAAAAAAAAUACUUCUGCUUAACUGUCAGUGUACCUGCUUCUCUUUUGCACUGCAACAAAGCCAAAUAGACCUGACCCCCCCUCCCCUCCCCUUUUUUUUUUCUUUAAAUAACAUUGACAAGAACUCUGACCUACUUUAUUAUGGUAUGUAGUCACUUUAUAUGGAAGCUACUAAAUACUCUUAUGUAGUUAAACAACUAACAUAAAAAAAAUCACAUUUUAGUUUGUAUUUAAACAAAUAUUUCAGAAUAAUUUAAAGAUGUCAGGCAUUCAUACUUGCUCUAUUCCCAUUUCUUUCUCUCCUGGGAGUUCUUUCCAAAAUGGAAUAACAUCACCAAUGGGGAGAUUUCAUCUCGUGUUUCAAAUGCGGGCGGACAGGAAGCGUCAUUCAGCGGCAUUAUGUCAAGCGGACAUCGAACGUGGCACGACUUGUCUCUGCGGGCGAGUAAAAUAGUGUUUUGCCUCGCAGCUAUGCAUAAUGUAAACAUCAGUGUGAUGACAAUAAAACUAAAAAUACUUCUUUGUUGAAAUACUGUGAGACUAAUUAUGUGCCGUUGGAAUACUCAUUGUGCGUUUUUGUACAGUUUCCUACUAAAUUGUCCCGAGAUUACGUCAAACCAAAGGAAAUGUGUCAAUUCAAAUGUUCACAUUAAACACAUACUUGUCAAACUGUU